AUGGCUCUCGGAAAUGAGAUUAACAUCACAAACAAACUGAAAAGGCAGGAAAUUUUCGCUGAUAUAAAACAUGAGAAAAAUAAAGAGCGCCAUACCAUGAGAAGAAAGAGGGCUAAGGAGGAGAGAGAGAACCCAGAGCUGCGGGAGCAGAGAUUGAAAGAGAAUGUAACGCAGACGAUAGAGAACACUAGGGUGUACGAUGAGACUAUUAACAGGGAAGUGGAAGGAGACGAAGACGAUUUGAUGAGAUACUUUAACAGCAAUUCUAAUGAGCCACCAAAGAUCUUUCUGACCACAAAUGUGAACGCUAAGAAGAGCGCUUAUGAAUUCGCUAACAUUUUAAUCGAAGUGUUACCAAAUGUCACAUUUGUGAAAAGAAAAUUUGGCUACAAAUUGAAGGAAAUAUCCGAUAUUUGCAUAAAGAGGAAUUUCACUGAUAUUGUGAUAAUCAAUGAAGAUAAGAAAAAGGUAACUGGCCUAACAUUCAUACAUCUUCCAGAGGGCCCUACUUUUUAUUUUAAAUUAUCAUCAUUUGUUGAAGUGAAGAAAAUCGUCGGUCAUGGUAGACCAACUAGCCAUAUCCCAGAACUGAUUUUAAAUAAUUUUCAAACAAGAUUGGGUCAAACUGUAGGUAGAUUGUUUCAGUCCAUUUUACCUCAAAAUCCGGAUAUUGAAGGUCGGCAGGUGAUCACUCUACAUAAUCAAAGAGAUUACAUUUUCUUCAGAAGGCAUCGAUACGUCUUCAAAGACAAUGAAAGAGUUGGUUUGCAAGAACUGGGCCCACAAUUCACUCUUAAGUUGAAAAGACUACAAAGGGGUAUUAAAGAAGAGACUGAAUGGGAACACAAGCCUGAGAUGGAUAAAGAAAAGAAAAAGUUUUAUUUAUAG